UCUCUUUCCUUCUCUCUCUUCCCACCUCAUUUUACAUUUUUCAUUUUCUUUUAAUUCAUAUCCCUUGUUGCAUAUAUAAAUAAUUAUAUCAUAAUGUAGUCUAUGCCAAACCAUUCUUCUUGUAGUAUUUGUAUUACAACUCCUAGACUUGUUAGUUGCACUUCUUGCAGUUUGUAUCUUGUGUAACCAAAGCUACUUUGUAUCCUUUUACCUUUUUUUUCUUCUUAUUAUUAUUUCAUUGAAGCACACCUUCAAUUUUCUACCUUCACCUUCUUUGAUAUGGAAUUCAACAAGUUCAGAAUCAGAAGCUAUGAGGGUCAAUUUGAUAGAGCUCAAGUUGAAAAUCUAGAGAGAAAAUGUGAGGUAGGACCAUCAGAAAGUGUGUUUCUCUUCACAGACACUAUGGGUGACCCCAUUUGUAGGAUCAGAAACAGUCCCAUGUACAUGAUGCUGGUAGCUGAAUUGGAGAAUGAAUUGGUUGGUGUCAUUCAAGGCUCUAUAAAACUAGUCACUAUUCAACACCAUCCACCAAAGGAUUUAGCAAAAGUAGGGUAUGUCCUAGGCUUAAGGGUAUCACCACAUCAUAGAAGAAAAGGGAUUGGCUCAAACCUAGUAAGAAGAUUAGAAGAAUGGUUCAUUUCAAAUGAUGUGGACUAUGCAUAUAUGGCAACAGAGAAAGAAAAUAAUGCCUCAGUUAAUCUUUUCAUGAAAAAAUUUGGUUACACAAAGUUUAGGACACCAUCUAUUCUUGUUAACCCUGUGAACCAUCAUUCACUUCAAAUUUCAUCCAACAUUGAGAUAUCAAGAUUGAAAAUUGAAGAAGCUGAAUCACUCUAUAAAAGGUUCAUGGGGUCCACAGAGUUUUUCCCUAAUGAUAUAGGAAAUAUUUUAAGGAAUAAGUUAAGUUUAGGGACAUGGAUGGCAUAUUUUAAAGGUGAUGUUGGGUCUAAUGGAUCACAAGUACCAAAUAGUUGGGCUAUGCUUAGUGUAUGGAAUAGUGGUGAAAUUUUCAAGUUAAGAUUAGGAAAAGCACCUUUUUGUUGUUUGUUAUACACAAAAAGUUGGUGCUUGAUUGAUAAAAUUUUCCCAUGUUUAAAAUUGCCAACUUUGCCUGAUUUUUUUAACCCUUUUGGAUUUUAUUUCAUGUAUGGUUUGUAUCAUGAAGGACCAUUGUCUGGGAAGCUAGUGAGAGGUUUGUGUCAAUUUGUGCAUAACAUGGCUGUUGAGUCUAAUGAUGAUGAGAAGUGUAAGAUUAUUGUGACUGAAGUUGGAGGAAGAGAUCAACUCAAUCAACAUAUUCCACAUUGGAAAUUGCUCUCAUGCCCUGAAGAUUUGUGGUGCAUAAAGGCAUUGAAAAAUGAAGGGCUAUCAUCAUCAAUCAAUACUUUUCAUGAAUUAAUCAAAACAACCCCACCAACAAGAGCUCUUUUUGUAGACCCUAGAGAGGUUUAAAGUAUGAUAUCAAAAAGUGAUAAAAAUAAAAGGGUGGACAAAAAAAAAGCUUGAUCAUGAAUGGAAAUGUCUUGACCUUAAAUUUUUUA